CCUGUCUUGAUGGACCUGUGGGACGGACUUACCCAAAAAGGGAGACACAGGGGGUUCAGCCCUUAACUGGGACAGAAUGUUUACUACAGAGGAUACUUCACAAAGGAUGUAGAGAUUUGGGAGAUGAGGAAUUAAGUAGUAUACCUUUGUUGUUUUUUUUUACUUAAAACCAUGCACUGGACCUGGAUUUAGAGGGACUUUUGGAAGACCAAAUAUUAUCAACAAACUCACCUUUUUGCCUUCGCUGGAGAUCAAGGGGUUAAAUGAAUGGCAGCUGAAACAGAGUGACUGUUACUGGAUCUUUACCUUGUUCACCCACGAAGAGCAUCGUCACUUGCAGAUUUCACCUGCUUUAACAGUGUGUGUGGGUGGGAGGAUGGGGGGAGUAAAGAGUGACCAAUAGAUUUCAGUGUUUGCAGCUAUUUUUUAGGCAUCUUCUUCAAUUGUUUGAUAGGAUGUUUUUUAGACACACACUUACAGCAGCAAACAUUUAUAAAGUUAUGGAAUACACAUCCUAUAUGUUCAGGGCUGGCCAAUAGAAAGCAUAUAAAGGUUCUUACUCAAAUCAAUCAGCCAUGGUGCUGGAUGGCAUGGAACUGAUUGCAAUUACUGUAGUCAUUAGCCUGUUUUUUGUAAUGUUCAAGCAGUUUGGUGUCUGGGAACCCUUGUCAUUAGAUGAGAGUAGUGACUGUGAAUUGGAGCUUUCUACUGUUCGUCACCAGCCCGAAGGCUUAGAACAGCUCCAGGCCCAGACCCAGUUUACCAGGAAAGAGCUGCAGUCGCUCUACAGAGGCUUCAAAAAUGAGUGUCCUAGCGGACUGGUGGAUGAGGAGACGUUCAAGACCAUCUAUUCACAGUUCUUCCCCCAGGGAGAUGCCACCACAUAUGCACAUUUCCUGUUCAACGCUUUUGACAUGGACAGAAAUGGCUCUAUCCAUUUUGAGGACUUUGUGAUUGGACUAUCUGUACUGCUCAGAGGUUCAGAAACAGAGAAACUCCGGUGGGCCUUCAAUCUCUAUGAUAUCAACAAGGAUGGCUGCAUCACCAAGGAGGAGAUGUUGGCCAUAAUGACGUCCAUCUAUGACAUGAUGGGCAGGUAUACCUCUCCCAGUGUACGAGAUGAUGAUCCAUCUGAGCAUGUGGACAAGUUCUUUCAGAAAAUGGAUCGGAACAGAGACGGGGUGGUGACCAUUGAUGAGUUCAUAGAGACCUGUCAGAAGGACGAAGAUAUCAUGGCCUCCAUAAAGCUCUUUGAGAAUGUAAUCUAGGUCUAGGAAUUGACAGAGAACACGGAUAUAUGUCAAGAUGACCUUUAAUUGAUUCCAAUAGCAGACCCUACAAGCCCCUCUGUACUUUACCCCACACCGUUGGAUAAUAGAAGAUUAUUUACACACAUCAAAAUGAGGACAGUAAACACUUAUCAGGGGGCAUAGGGAAAUGUGACUCUAAACUUUUGACUCCACUAUGUAUGGGAAAACAAUCCCUAAAAAUGGUCCUGCUGACAGUUCUACUUUCCUAACCUUUUUUUUCUCAAAUUUUUACUAACGAUAUGCCACUGACUUUGAGUAAAGCCAGAGUGUUUAUGUAUGCGGAUGACUCAACACUACAACACGUCAGCUACAACAGCGACUGAAAUGACUGCAACACUCAACAAAGAGCUGCAGUUAGUUUCAGAGCGGGUGGCAAGGAAUAAGUUAGCCCUAAAUAUUUCUAAAACUUAAAGCAUUGUAUUUGGAGCAAAACACUCACUUAACCCUAUACCUCAACUAAAUCUUGUAAUAAAUAAUGUGGAAAUUGAGCUGAGAUGACUAAACUGCUUGGAGUAAGCCUAGAUUGUAAACUGUCAUGGGGAGAAGUCUGUCUUUAAUAAAGCGAUUCUCUUCCUUCUUAAUAACACUAUCAACAAGGCAGGUCCUACAGGCCCUAGUUUUGUCGCACCUUGACUACUGUUCAGUCGUGUGGUCAGGUGCCACAAAAUAGGACUUUUGACUGGCUCAUAACAGGGCAGCACGGCUGGCCUUUGGAUGUACACAGAGAGCUAAUAUUAAUAAUAUGCAUGUCAGUCUCUC